AUGUCUCGAUUCCUGCGUCGAGCUCCCGCCCCCUCAACCUCUGUCGACAAGGCCUCCCUGCCAAUCUCUCACGAUCCCAUCCUCGCCCCUCUUCCAUCCACCUUGGCGUCCCUGCAAUCGCGACCUCCCAGCGCCCCUCUUUCGGCCGCUCAGCAGGAUCUCCUUGCUGCUCUCGGCGCAUACGUUUGGGAGUUGCACGGCAGAGGUUGGGAAGAUGAUGCGGAGCUGAGCAAGAGCAGGACGGUCACUGAGACUGCAGGCGGCUCCAUCGAACCCGCUCCAACAUCUGCAGCAUACAAGGCCAAAGAAUCGGCAUCAGCAGCGUCAAGUUCGACCUCGCCCGCUCCAGCGUGGUACAGGACGUGGGAAGAAACGUUUCUAAAAGAUGCCACCACAUUGCCUCGCUACGCCCGCGCUUCCAAGUGGGACCUGGAAAACGCCAAGAAGAGGAUCAGCGAGACAUUGUACUGGAGGCGCAGCUACAGGCCUGAGCUGAUCAGCCCGGACGAGGUGGUGGAGGAGGCCAAAACUGGCAAACAGGUGCUCAGCGGGUUUGACAAGGACGGCAGACCGGUGCUCUACCUCAGACCUGGAAGGUGAGCCAGGCGUGUGACAGACGGACAAUAAAGGCGCAUACAUGCUCACGACUUGCCAUCCUUGCGCUCCGCAUGCGUCAGAGAGAACACUUCACCUUCUCCUCGACAAAUCAGAUUCCUGGUGUACGCGCUGGAAAGAUCUUUGGGUGGGUUGCAGUGUGCAGCGUGCAGCGUGCGAAGAGUCUGGACUUCCAAUCAGUCGCUGACUGAGGCGUGCGUGGCCUACCUACACCCGUGUUGGACUGUGCAGACAUCGCACCGGAGGGCGUAGAGACGCUGACGAUCAUCAUCGAUUACAAGUCCGCAACUCAAGCUUCCAACCCCUCGCUGUCGCAAGGUGAGCAGCGGAGCUUCUCUCUACUCGGUCUCUAUUUUACCUGUAUGCGCUUUGCGUUGCUGAAGUGCGCCCAACUUGCAUGCUCUUGACCCGCCCUUCCAGCUCUCAAAGUGCUCAACAUUUUGCAAUCUCACUAUGUCGAGAGGAUGGGCAGAGCGUUCGUCUGCAACGUGCCGUGGUACCUGGUGAGUGUCUGGGCAAGAGGUAAUGCAGCAGAGCGUCUCGGUCACCGCGGCCACCGAUCGUCACUCACCCAUGUCGCUCGCCCUUUGCGCCGCAGAACGCAUUUUUUAGCGCCAUUUCGCCCUUCUUGGAUCCCGCUACUAGGGCCAAGAUCAGAUUCAACGCAAAGUUGGAAGAAUUUGUGGAUCUGGACCUGCUUGAUGCGGAGUUUGGCGGCAGACAUCGAUACGUGUGGGACUUUGACAAGGUGUGUGUCGGGGCGUGGUCGAUCGACGAUUAGCACGGAGGACAGGCACGAGCGAUUCUACGUCCUCUCGAACAAGACCGACGCCCGUUGCAUUGCGAGUGUACUGAUUCUAUCUCACCAAUCCCUUGACUAUGCAGUACUGGACUCUUCUGAUGAAUGCGGCAAAGGUCAUGCCGGAUGGCACCAGGAGAGUGGGAGCCAGAAGAGCGCCAAUUGAGCAAUGCACCGGACCCGCCCUCUCCUCGAAUGACGCGCCCACACCCAACGUCGUGCGGUCAGACGCAUCCCUCGCCUCUGCUUCGGAGGACCAAUCAGGAGCUCUAGAGCCCCCGCGAUCGAAUGGCACUAAAGAGGGACAGACCAUCUCAAGGUUCUUGAAUCGCCAGACGGAGAGUGCGCCGUCGAGCGGUGUUCAGAAACAGGAUGGUGACAACGCCACAGCGCCCGCGAGCACGUCCGCGUCUGCUUCUGCUUCAGAGUACGGCCAAGAUUCUCAAGCUUCGACAGCUGCUACUACGAUCGCAUCUCAAUCCUCCUCGUCGUCGUCUGACGAACGUGCGGGGGAUGUUGCUCAGACGUUAUCUCGCACCAAGAUCGUCUGA